AUGGAAAACUCUCGAUAUGGAGGUCAGCUGACGACUGAUGUGUUGCGCGAAGCACGAGAAGCACUAGCCUUGUCUACGAGCAGACCAGAAACGCCGCUUCAUACGAAUCUUGCAGAUCUACAAGAAAGCUUGUCUGGAAGAAGAACUCCUCGGAUCAUCCAAAAUGAGCGGAGGCCUAAAACAGGCUCUCUGCAAACGCGACCUUCGAGGCUCCAACCCAUCGGCUCUAAAGAUAGAGAUUCACCGGAGAAUUCUCUUCUUCGAUCAGUUUCAGUAGUCAGUAGCCUAGAAGCAAAUUCGACCGGACUAACUCAGUUCGUCAAGACAAUGAAAAACUCAGCUCUUGACGCCCAAUUGUCUCUUUCUUCAAAACUGAUAGCAAAAAUGGACGAAAGGCCGAAAAGUAUUUCCAAGAAUCAAGAAAGUAUCUUAUCAAUAUGCUCUUCAAUGCUUGCUUACCCCGAAUCAAAGCCACUUCAGCGAGCAGAAAUAGUCAGAAUAAUGAAACGCAUCGAACUGGGCCCAGUUAAUCUAUCCGUGUAUGGAACUCAAAUCUACAAAUUAUCCAGAGACGCGGAUUUCUUCUUUUCAACCAGCGAAAUGGCCGAGUGUUUGAUCUCAAAAAUAUCCGAAGCGGAUGAAAUGCUGAUAAUUUCCCUCAAAGAUCUCGUCAUGUCUAAUCCAUCUCGUCUAGUUCAAGCUGCAGAAGCAUGUCAGAUCUCUCUUCCCAACCAAAUAGAACGAGCUGUCAGUCGCAUUCUCCUAGAAACAGAGCGGUUAGAAGCAGAAGGGACCUUUCUCCUUCAAAAGGGGAACGAAAGACGAGUUCAAUUCCUCCUCCUUGUUCUCAGAGAACUCUUGAAUGUCAACACCACAGCGAAAGCAAUUGAAGAAAGUCCGAAUUUAUUCCAAUCGUGCUUCAAAUCCCUGCGCGUGUUCUCCGAUUCUGAAGAUAUUACUUUCAUUGUCGCUAGAUUGCUAAGCAAAACAACGAAUAAUCCAAAUGUCUGCUCGCUGAUCCACAGUAUCGAACCCAAAUGGAUACUGCAUAUAGCGCAAGGAAUAGAAAAAUUCAUCCGCAGUCCAAGCCUGAUUGUCCACUUCCUCUUUGCAGUUGGAAAUGCUGCGGUGAACUCGAUUCAUAAUCUGAAAUUCUUGGCUACAGUUCGACGCGUUCUGACAAAGGAGGAAGAAGAUGUUUUGUUAAAAGCAUUGCGUGUUUGCGCGAAUUUGUCCCUGGAAGAGGCAACAGCGAAGUCAGUGCUAGACGAAAGCGGUCUCAUGAGAAAAGUAGUCGACGUCCUGAAAUGCUCUGUCGAGAGCAAAAGUUGGUUCGGCCGGCCAGACGAAAUCACAAGAUUUAGUGUUACAGUCAUCACAAAUACAUGCUUCUUCUUUCCUAAAAACUCCGCGCUUCAAAUGGAAGAAAUCAUGAAAGUAAUGGUCAGUUGUCUUCUCAACUCAAAACUGUCUACGGUCUGCGAAGUCUGUCGCGCGCUCGCGAAUCUUUCUCGCGAAGAAACGGUCAAAUCAAUAAUCGUCAAAGAAAUCGACUUGGCGUUGUUUGUCACCUUUCUGGAAUCACCUGAUUCUACUCUUGUUUCGUACACUGUCGGCAUUCUCACCAACUUGUCUUCCAACUUCGAUCUUUUGCCUUCUUUAUUACGGAAUGAGCAAAGUGGAAUUGAAAAUCUGAAAGCAGCGAUAGUCGAAUUCGAGGACUGGGAAUUAGCUACGCAUAUUGCCAAAUUAUUCCUCAAUAUUGUUGAUAAGAGGAAUUCUCAACUGACCAUGUCGAUCAAGAGCACUUUCAAGACCGUUUUGAGUACCUUCCCAGCCUCGACUAAUAAAGAAUCUGCCAUUUCCAAGAGACUGUUUUCAGAAGUCGUCGAAAAGUUCAACGAAAAAUGCGCCUAA